GCAGGAAGAGAAAAAAGAAGGCAAUCGGCAAACUGGCGGAUUUACUGAACAGAAAGGCAUAUAAAUUUUUAUAUUAUCUACCAUUUUGUUAAAAACCCCACCGACUUUUCUCUUUUAAUUUUUGCGUUGUUUUGGAGCUUUUUGUGGGGGGGAGAAGAUGGCAUUUGAGUAGGAGAAAGCUUUGCGGGCCGACUUAAUCCCCUGGCGGGAAAUGGCCGCUUGGCCGUGAAAGGAAGAAUAAUAAUAAGAAAAUUGAAGAAAAAGUGGAGGAAGAAGAAGAAAAGGAUGGAAGAAGAAAAAGUUAGGUUGGCGAGUAAAGUAAAAUAAAGUGAAGGGGAGGGAUUAGGCCCGCACCAGGCUUUUGGGUCUCUUCACUAUAUUUUUGUGUAAAUGUUAAAGUGGGGGUAUAGAGGCGGAAAAUGGCACAAAAAGGCAGGAAAUGGAAAAAACUGUUUGAAGGAUGCCGGAAAAUAUUAGCAAAAUAUUAUGGACAUUAUUUAAUGACAAUUGGUGUUAAACAAACUAAGUAAUAUAUUUUAAGUGGCAUUUAAAGUAAAGAAAAAGUAAAUAAUAUUGUAUUCAAUGUUAAAGGAAGCAUAAUAUUGUUUAUAACAUUUUUUAAUUUUAAAACUGAUAAUGACAAAAAUAUAAGUUAAUAUUCGUUUAUCCUAUAAUGAUUACGAAUAAUUUUUGAAUAGGUAUUUUAAAAAUUUUGCGUGGCCAGAAAGGUAAAUUAGUUUUGUGGAGGCUUUUCCAAAUUUAAGACAUAAUGCUCGAUACAAUUAAAUAAAAAUUAAGAAGAUGCAAUUAAUUUCGCUUAAAAUACAUCUCGAUCUCACACAAUUAAUGAUUCAAUUGAAUCAUUCAACUAAUUGUUCUUAUAAAAUAAUUUAUAAAUAAAUUUAGAUAUUGUAAAAAUGAAAAGAUAUUAAAAAAUUAAAACAAAAUACAUACAACAAUAAAUUCAUAAAAUUAAAUUUUACAAAAAUGAUUAGUAAUAAUAAUUCAACAGAACCAACCCCUUCAUCUUCUUCAAGUCAGCAUAUUUCAUUUAAAGAUUUGUGUAAAAGUUUAAUAAAAGAAGAAACAAAUUUUGAGGAAGGUAGUGAUAACAAUAAUAAUGGAUAUUUAAUGGAGAGAGAAGGUGAGAAAAAUCCGGUUUACGGGCCCAGAAAAAUGAUUUUGCCGGGCACUACAUUUAUCUAUUCAAUUAAAUCCACUUUAGGCUCUCCAAAUUCAAAACUACAAUUAAACGACACUGAACAGCCCCAACAACUAUUUUCUCAACACCUUCCCCAAUUCCCAAUAUCCCUAUCAUCAACUAACCCUUCAGCUGCAGCACUUUUCCCAUUGUCUGCAGCAAGUUUAUUUAGUUUAUUAGAAAAUGGAUUUGAAAGAACGCCAAACGGAGAGGAAGAAAACACAACGCCAAUCGAAAAUUUAAGUAAUUCUUCCUUUGAAGUUAGAGAAAGAAAUGAAUCAGAAUUUGUUUUUAACAACAAUGAAAGUAUUGAAACUGUUGUUAACAACAACUUUUCUAACAAUAAUAACAGCAACAUUAUUAGCAUAGCUAAUAAUGAAGAUAAUACCCUUUCUAAUAUUUUUGGUAUUCCCCAAAAUUCUUUUAAUGGAGUGACCCCAAUUGAUCAAAUUUUACAAAUUUCUAGACAACUUUUUGGUGAUAAUAUUGCUAAACAACAACAAUUAAAUAAUAAUUCUAAUAAUAUUAUGGGAAGGAAAGGGGGAAAUAAUGGGUCUAGUAAUGGAAGACAAGAGGAAAACAACACAAAUACACUGACUGCUUCAGACAGGAAAAGGGUAAAUUGUUUAAAAAAAUGA